CGGGUAAUUUCAUUGGUUUACAUGUGACAUUAUGGCCAAUCAAAGUUUUUGUAAUAUAUAAGUGACUAUUCCUACCGCGAUUUUUGAACGAGUGAUUCACAGGAACAGAAUGGAUGAGGGGGAAAAUUUAACCAGUUUCAAUAAUUUCCUGAGUAUACAGCAGGAGAUUGCAGCUAUUCUCAGCAACACUGACUGGAAUAACACAAAACCUCUUGGGAAGCUUCAGGCAGUUUGGCGAGAGAUCAGAACAAUCAGGGAAUCCCAGCAAGAUCAAAUCAAGGAACUGAUUAAAGCAUGGCAAACUUAUGAGCAUGAUGUGGCUGGUAAAACAACCUGUGGACAGGAUGCUGCACAGAUAUUGUCACAGGAGGAAGCAGUACAAGGGGAGGUAACCCAAGCCAAACAAUCACUCAGUAGAGCUAAGGAAGAAUAUGAAGAUGUCCAACAGAAGAUAGAGACAAGUAAGGCUGAGCUUAACCAGCUAGUGCAGGAAAGGGAAGUUGUAGAGAAGCAGACAACCCAGUCACUUCCAAAGGCCAGAUAUGAUGUGAACCUAUAUAUGAAUAUAACCAACAUACGAUGGCAGUUUGACAGUGAACCUGAGGAAGUGAAAGGCUUUGUUUGCAACAAGAAUGAUGUGAAACCAUUUUCCCUGAACAGCAAACAAGUGUCAAAGUUUUUUAUCUCUAAUUAUUUGUGGGACCUGAUAGAAGAAGACUGGUGAAUAGCGGGAACUCCAUAUAUUUAACCAGUGGACAGUAGCUGGACACCCAGGGAAGAGGGUCGGGAAAGCUGUCAUACAGUACACACUUUAUAGCUGGAAAUGGUUGAACAGUUGACUGGCAGUCCUGUUAUUAGUGCAAUACAACAGAUGAGCAAAAGAUGCUCUAAUAUUACAGGUUAUAUGAAGAGUUGGAAGCUGGCAAAACAGAUUUAAAAAAUGUAUUCUGUUGGAAUUCAUUUCCAUUUAAAGCAGUCUAUUCAGCAUUUAUAUUAAUGGCUCAAGUAAUGAGAAAUGUUCCCCAUCAGUUUCAUUACAGAUUUUAACCAUUUUAUUACAAAGGUUAAGAAUGACAAAAAUCAUGUUUCAAGGUUCCAAGGUGAAUGCUGAAAUUGUUGGCUAUUUAUAGAAAAUCAACCAAUUCAGUGACAUCACCUUAGCAACUUAAUUUCUUAACAGGAUUUGAUCAAACUUUACACAAAGGUCAGUUAUGAGCCCCAGCAUACCUGCAUCUUUUGCAUUAAGAGAGGUAGUUUUGGGGACUAGGUACCAGUCUCCUUUACAAUUUGCACUUGUUAUUAUAUUGUUUAUGAACAUAAAUUUAUAUGAUGUAUCUCUCUUUGUAAGUUUCUUAUCAAUAAUCAUACGCAAUUCAAACAUACCUUGUGUAUGUAGGUAUUUUAUACAUGUAAAAAAACAUGUUAAUCUUGAUUAUAUGUUAUUAGAUACUUUGUAUUGUCUGGAGGAGUUUGUGAUACAAUGUCACAGAGCUUGUAUCGAUUGAUACCAGACUUUUUGAUGUUAUGAUAAUAAAAAUGUAACC